CCAAGAGUCACCUCUGCUGUGGAGGAUAAGUUCAUCCGACUCACCAGCCUCAGAAAUCGCAGGUUUCUUCACUACUCUAUAGGAUCCUCCCAGCGACUCCGCAAGAAUGGAUAUGGACAGGUACACAAUGGCUGAGAGACUGUUAAACCUCACCUUGGAGAUAAUCUACCUGCUGACGGGUGAGAAUCAUACAGUAGUGAAGGAGACAUCUGGUGAAUGUGUAAAACCCAGGAGCCCAGGACUGAGAAUGAACAGCCCCAUCAACAUGUAUGAUAAUAACUUCUUGCUACAUGAAAGAAGCAAUAAGCAGAAGAUCCUAGACCUCACCAAUAAGAUCAUCGAGAUGCUGACUGGAGAGGUUCCUAUUAGAUGUCAGGAUGUCGCUGUCUUUUUCUCCAUGGAGGAGUGGGAGUAUGUCGAAGAACACAAAGAUGGAUACAAGGACACAAUAAUGGAGAAUCGCCAGCCCCUCAUUUCACUAGAUCUAUCCAGUAUGAAAAUCACACCGCAGAGAUGUCUCAGUCCUCUUCACCCAGAGGAUUGCGCUGAAGAACAUCACAGUGUCUCACUAGAUCAACAGCCUAACGAUGGCUUGCUUCACUGAUAGUGACAGCUCUUUGGAUCUCAUCUUGAGAGUUG